AGCUUCACCAAUGCUCUGACCAAGAACAUCGUGGCCAUGCUGGUGUGGCUCGCCCUGAGCGUGAUCAACAGCAGCAUGGUGCACACCUUCCUCCGACACAGCCUCUUCUAUGAGAACCCCCGCUACAUCAUGUUCAUCUGCAUGGUGAUCAACGACGCGCUGCAGCUCACGCUGGUGACCGCCCUCUACGUGGUCAGCUACAUCUUCAGGAAGAUCCACGCCUCAGUCUGCUGCCUGCUGAUCAUGACUGCGGUGCUCACCACCCGCUCCACCCCGCUCAUCCUGGCCGGCAUGGCCGUGGAGCGCUACAUCUCCAUCUGCUUCCCCCUGCACUACGGCCAGAUGUGCACCGUCCCGCGCACCCUGGUCCUCAUCAGCGUCAUCUUCAUGCUGACCGUCACGCCGCCCGCCACGGACCUCCUCAUCACCGUCGUCAAGGAGCCGCCGCGCUUCUUCCACGCCAACAUCUUCUGCGACCACUCGCUGCUGUUCCGAGACCGCUCCAUCUACUACAAGAACUGCUUCUUCGACGGGGCCUACCUCUCCUUCGUGGCUCUCACGCUGGUCUACACCUACUGUAAGAUCAUGCUGGCGGCCAGAGCCGCCUCCGCCGGCCUGGCGUCCGUGAAGAGAGCCAGAAACACGGUGCUGCUUCACGGGGCUCAGCUGAUGCUGUGCAUGCUGGCCUUCGUGGUUCCCUCCCUGCAGGCGGCUCUCAUCUCGCUCUUCCCUCAGCUCAGCCUGGAGAUCCGCUACAUCUUCUUCCUGCUGGUCUACAUCAUCCCGCGAUUCCUCAGCCCCGUCAUCUACGGCUUCCGGGACGAGCAGUUCAGGAAGUACUGGACCCGCUACCUGUCCUGCCACCGUGGCGGCGCCGUGCAGAUCAGGCCGCUGGUGCUGAAGGUGAACCUGCAGGUGAAGUGA